GAGAAGUUGCCGGCGUUAGUCCGUGUGUGAUACUCUCGCGGUUCCAUCGCGGUCUUUAGUGGUCGCUGCGAUGGCUCUCAGGAGGGUCUCCCUGAUCAUACACAAAUCGGAGUCGAGUUUUAGAUCCCCCUAUUUGAAUCGAAACGCGGAAGAAGUCGAGCGAUCUCCGACCUUACGAGAUAAUCGAUUCGCGGAGAACGUCGAAAAAACUAAAGUCCUUGGGAACGGGGAAGUUAAGGAUUUGAAUAAUUCAAAGAAAUCGGACGAAAACGCGAGCGAUUAUGAUUCCAUAACCGGCGAUAGCCCUGACCGCGACAUAGAAAGUGUGGAGUCAAUUCCGAUUCCGGAUGGUCUGGUCAUGGACCCGAUGGCACCCACCACGCUGGCAGUCAACAAUCAGUUCAUGGAGCGGAUAGGCACCGGCCUCACCCUGCUCAGGGACCACGGGAAGAAAGUUCAAAAGUAUUUAUUGAAAAAUGCGAAGUUUGAAGUUUUGAAGAGGCCGUGGAACUCCGUGGUGAACAUAGUGCUAAUAGAAGCUAAAGAACUGCCAGACGGACCUGCUAGCGGCAGUGGACUGUACUGCAAGUUCAAGCUAGGCAACGAUUCUCACAAGUCAAAACAAGUACACAAAGCGAGGCCAGUUUGGCGAGAGAGAUUCAACUUGUAUCUAUAUGAAGAGAACACACUGGAAAUAAAAGUAUGGCACAAGGCGAAACAGAAAACGUUUAUGGGAAAAUGCAUAAUUGACCUGUCACAACUGGAGAAGGAGAGGACCCACGACGUGUGGCAGGAGCUGGAGUGCGGAUUCGGACGCGUGCACCUGCUGCUCACCAUCAGCGGCGCGCACCGCGGCCCACCGGACAAUAUACUCACCACCAACGGCUACCACCACGAGCACCAUGUGGAUGACAAGUUUUCCUGGUACCAGCUCGACAAGAACUGGAACGAAGUAGGCGAGCUGAGCGUGACGGUCCACGGGGCCAAGGGUCUCAGCGCGCACAACAUCAGCGGCAACGUCAACUCGUACUGCGUACUGGAGCUGGACAACUCACGCAUACAGACGCACACGGUCCGGGGGACCUGUGAUCCGAAUUGGAGUAAAACGUUUACGUUCUCAGUAAAUGACGUUACGUCUACGGUAGACAUCACGGUGUAUGACGAGUCCAUUCUCCAGUCCAUGAAGGGGGAAUGCUUAGGGCGAGUCUCCAUACCCCUCCUCCGCGUGGUCAACCAUGAGAAGAAGUGGUACGCGCUGAAGGACCGCUCCAAGAGGAACAGCGCAAGAGGUCACUGUCCUAGGAUUCUUCUGGAAAUGUCUCUUACGUGGAACCCGAUAAAAGCAUCACUGAGGGUACUAACUCCUAAGGAACGGAAGUACAUAGAGAAGCCACAGAAGUUCGAUAUACCACUAAUAUACAGCAAUCUCAACUUCAUUAAAAUGGUCUUCAAAUACAUACAGAAUGGAAACGAAAGUUUUAAGUUGUUGUUUGAGUGGGAAAACCAGGAGAAGUCUGCGAUGGCGCUGACGGCGUGGGUGACUUUCUGGUACUUCUUCCGGAUGUGGAUGACGCCGCUGCUGCUGGUGCUGCCGUUCGCACAUUACUGGCUUAUUUUGAGAAACGAAAAUCAGCAGUUGAGCACGUCAUGUCAAAUUGAAGAGAUUGACGAAGAAGAGGAAGAAGUACAAAAGGAUGAUAAGACAAUCAAGACGCGGCUAAACGAGCUUCAAGACCUGACGUUUACGAUCAAGAACAGCAUCGAUUACAUCUGCUCUCUUCUAGAAAGAAUUAAAAACCUGGUGAAUUUCAGCGUGCCAUACUUGAGCUAUUUAGCGGUGCUGGCUCUUAUAGGGGCCGCUAUCGCCUUCUACAUAAUUCCGGCCAACUAUUUAUUUAUGGCAUUUGGUAUAUAUAAGUUCACUCGUAAGUUCCUCAACCCGGACCGCGUCCCCAACAACGAUAUCCUGGACUUCAUAUCCAGGGUGCCUGAUAAUGAGAUUUUGAAAGAGUGGCGGGAAUUAAAAGUUCCAGAGCCGAAUCUUAGCAGAAGUAACUCGAUGAAAAGAAGAUAAGCGUCAACAUUUAAAUAGAGUAAGGUUUAUGUUCUACGAGGAAAUUGUUGCUCAAGUUCGAAUUUAAAGUAUGAAUAGAACGUUUUAAGAAGGUCGUCGCUCAAAAAAUCAUAGACAAUGCGGGAUUCGAUAAAGGACGUAAGAUUUGGCUUUCCGGACAUUUUGUUUACAUUUCGCUGUGCCAAAACUAUUUUAAUAUUUAAUGUGAUAAACGAGACAUCUCAAUAUAUUUCAGCACGGGGAAGUUAAUAUAAGAUACCACGGCUGAAAGGUGUGUGUUUUUUAUAGUCUAAAACAUUCCGUAAAGUAAAAUUCUGUGUUAUGGGGUAUUUAAAUAGCUCUAAGUCAUUGUAGUGUAGUUAUUUAAUAAGUUUAGUUAAUAUUUAACAAUAAUUAGUGAAUUGAUGCCUCAAAUUGAGGUGCUGAUGGAUCUAUUGAGGUUUCUUGCCACGUACACGUCUUGGUUGGGCUCGGGAACACUUAGCUCUUUCCAUUCCUCCUGGAAAGAAAAAAAAAGUGUCAACUCUUGUUUGACAAUCACUAUGAUUGUAUAUCAAAGAAUUGGCUUCCGCCUGAUGAAAACUCUAUUUCAGAUUGGCUUCGGCCUUCACUG